CUUAGCAUAGUGUUGGACUUGCUCUUAGCAGUUAAACCUCAAUACUGGAAUAAUUUUAUUAUUUAUAUCACAUUUACAAGGUCAUCCACAAAGACACAAGUUACAGAGCAUCUUUGUUAUUCUCACUCUUCACUCUCAGUAGAAAAAUGGCUGAAUCUGAAGCUACACCUGUUGUUCCGAGUAGCGAGUUGUUGGAAUGGCCAAAGAAGGAUAAGCGCAGGUUCUUACAUGCUGUGUAUCGCGUUGGUGAUCUUGAUCGGACAAUCAAGUUCUAUACUGAAGGUUUUGGAAUGAAGCUUUUGAGAAAGAGAGAUAUUCCAGAAGAGAAGUACUCGAAUGCCUUUCUUGGGUUUGGUCCAGAGGAAUCUCAGUUUGUGGUGGAGCUAACUUAUAACUAUGGAGUGGAUAAGUACGACAUCGGAACAGGCUUCGGACAUUUUGCUAUUGCAACUCCAGAUGUGUACAAAUUUGUGGAGAAUGCAAGAGCCAAGGGUGGAAAUGUGUCGAGGGAGCCUGGUCCUGUCAAAGGUGGAUCAAGUAUCAUUGCUUUUGUCAAAGAUCCUGAUGGCUAUGCUUUUGAAAUCAUUCAAAGAGCUUCUACUCCUGAACCAUUGUGUCAAGUCAUGCUUCGUGUUGGUGACCUAGACCGGUCUAUCAAUUUUUACGAAAAGGCUUUGGGAAUGAAAAUGUUAAGGAAGAUUGAUAGACCGGAGCAGAAGUACACCUUGGCCAUGAUGGGUUAUGCUGAUGAAUAUGAGACAACUGUUCUGGAGUUGACAUAUAACUAUGGAGUGACAGAAUAUACUAAAGGAAAUGCAUAUGCGCAAGUUGCAAUCAGUACCGAAGAUGUUUACAAAAGUGGAGAGGUUGUCAACCAUGUUACCCAAGAGCUUGGAGGGAAGAUUACUAGGCAGGCAGGACCAGUCCCUGGGAUUGGUACUAAGAUUGUGGCUUUGUUGGAUCCAGAUGGUUGGAAGACGGUCCUGGUCGACAAUGAGGAUUUUCUCAAGGAACUAAAGUAAAAAAGAGUACCUGAUGUUAUAGAGAAGUGUUUGUGUGCUAUCUUGAACCAAUACUAGGCAAACUAUAGCUAGUAUUAUGAAUAAAUUUCCUGGUGCCUUGUAUGGGCAUUCAGAAUCCGGAUGUUGUGGUUGAUAAUUAGCUAUCUAUGCAAAGGCAAUCUUGGGUA